GGGACUGGCAGGAGAGCAGCGGAAAAGGCCACGGGGGCUGGAGAUGGGGCACGGUAGCGCUCAAGUGUGUGGAGUUUGGCGCUAGCGUCAAGGCAGGCGAGCGAGCGAGCGAGGGAGGGAGUGAGCGUGAGAUGUUUGAGGAUUUGUAUGCCCACCUCCGAUUCCGAGGAUCGUCGAUUCUGGCCGGUCAUGACUUCAUGUAUGACAAGAGGACGUAGGGCAAGACGUGGGCGGAAUCUCCCGAAUCUGUAAACGUAUGGUGAGUUCCCGAGCUCUAGCGUGGUCGUGCGAAUUGGUGGAGGAAAGGCGAGGUGCAUCACCGGCGCAUCAUCUUCUUGCGUCUCAUCUCGCUCGGUGCAGAUGGCGCAAACGAGACUUUGAUUUCUGGCCAGCAGGAGUUGUAGCGGAAUUCCAAUUCCGGAGAUCGGUCGCCUUGAUAAUCACAUCUUGCGUCCACUGCCUCGAACUCUACGCGAUGAACUGCUAGUUUCCGGACUCCGGAGGCUGACUUCGCCUGACUCACAUGAUUCGUCCUCUCCCCACUCCUCUCUCCUCGCACGAAUUUCUGUGAAGGAGGUCUUUGGCCUGUAGAGUUUGCAGCAGUUGUCGUUGUUGCUUCUGCUCCGGAGGUUGCGUUCUUGUUGCGGUUUUCGGCUCUACGAGGAAUACCAAUUUCGGAAUUCAGACUCAUGCAUUGGACUGUGGGGCACUCUCUGGAUACUUGCCAGCGGCGGGGUCUCUAGGCGCUGCCCUGCCGGGUCAUUGGCCGUGAUGCGGUUGACGUGACCGAGGGCAAGGGAGGUUUCUGUGUGAACUCUAUGGCAGAGCCAGUUGGAAGCAGAUUAGCUGCAACAACCCCCAUCGCGUGCUACAGAGUGAGGUCUUGGUGUCACCAGUGGCUGGCCGUGGUGCCCGGCGAAUGGGAGAGGGCGAGGUUCUCGAGAUGCGAGGAUGAUAGCUCCAGAAUUGUCCUUCGGCCAUGCGUUGAUGGGUCCUACUUGCUACAAGUGGUGCCGAGGACGGUGGAAGGCGGCCGCAGUGAUCCUGUCCCGGUGAAGCAAAACCCUGUGGAAGAUUUCGGGCUACUGAAUGGUCUACAUGAUGUCGAAGAUCCUCCCAAUUCUGUUGGUGAAUUGGGUUCCCGGCGCGGAAAUGAGUGGUUUCUCUCUCUGCACGAAUCCAGUGUCUUUGUUACCGAGUCUCCUUCGAACGUAGCGAACUCGCAAUUCCGGUUGGAGUUUGACGAGCAUGGAAGGGUUAGAAUCCGAGGAAGCUGUGACACGGGCUACCUGACUGCUGAUUCCAGAGGACGAUUAUGGGGUGGGACACAGAGGCCACAAAAGUGGGAGCAUUUUACUUUGAUUGAGGAGGCUCUGAAAGAGACGCCGCUUCAGUCAACACGGACCAUCUCUGCCUCAGUCCGAGUGACGCUACAAGCCCACACAGGAAAAUAUUUAUGUGGAUCCACAACAGUUAUAUCUGCCCACGCAGAGGCUGCCUGCUGUUGUGAGGAGUUCUUGCUGGACCUCAAGUUUCCAUCGUUGAUACCAGUUCGCUCUUCCAGGACAAAGCACGGUUCUCGCUUACCAGUCGACUCUUUGAGGUCUAAUUUAGAUCUGAGGUCCAGGCGCUUUGAAGAACAGGAAAAAAUUGGUCCUACUACUACCUUGAAAUAUGACCAACCGUUGGAUGGUUCUGUCUGCACAAUACGCACCGCAGACGGAAAACGCAUGCUCAGUGCAGAGCCUGAUGGUAUCGUCUUCACAACCCCUGUUGAUCAAGUACGUGGCAUGGAAAAGUUUGAAGUAUCAGUCCAGUAUCGCAAAAGUUGCCCGACGGUCAGCAUCCGUCCCUACUCUCGUGAAUCCGGGACUGGGACGAGAAACCGGAAGUAUGUAAGUGCGACGGAUUCGGGCCAGAUUGUCUGCGACAAAUCUGACAAGAAGCAGUGGGAGGCCUUUGGGUUGACUCUAGCAAAUGGUUCGCGGGUCCUCAUUCGAAGCAUACAUGGGGGAUAUUUGGCCUACGACCCUUCCUUAGCGAUUCAACUCGAGCACAACGAACAGCAACACAGGCUGCAAAGGGGUUUGUGCUCCUGUCUGCCUUACACGAAAGAGAAAAUGAGGGAAGUGGGUGCUUGGCAGCUGAGAUAUCAUGGUGACUCAUUGUACACGUUGGUAGCCUUACCAGUAGCGAAGGGUGGAGCGCAAGAAUACUUAUCAGUGGACUCCAAGGGACAGAUUAUACAGUCUGGUGCACCCGCUGUACAUUUUCCAGCCACAGCAUCUCUGUUCGAGAUCGUACCCGUUUCAGGAACUUGCUUGGAUACCAUGGAUGAGAACAUAUGCUCAUUUUCUGGGAUCGUUGGUUUUACCAUCCGCACAACACGCCGAAUCCAUGGAAAGCAACGGUAUGUGAGUGUUGAGCCCAGUGGUAGGGUUUUCGCAACGCGUGUACGACCGUCACGUUGGGAGAUAUUCCAGUUUGUAGAUGUCGAUGCUACUGCCUCUGCAGUUUCUCCCGACGAGUUUUCAUGCAUACCUGCAGCCGUUAACCUGAAUUCCCCAGGAUCAGUUAUGCCCUCCCUGGCAGGUUAUAGAGUUCAACAGCGGGUGCCCUCGUUAGGCGGGCAAGGCAGGUGGGGCCUUGUUCGAAGAGUUGGUUGGGUCCAGUCAGUUGGAGUUUCUGAUGUAGUUGUCCAAGGGACGUCAUCAAGCACAUCAGUGGCCUCUAUUGCUGUAGCAGAAGCUUUAAGAAGGGCAUGCGGAGUCACGGUGGAAGCGUUGAACAAAGGAUGGGCCGUUCCAAAGAAGACUCCAACUUCACUGCAAGAGCUUUGCAUUGGACACGUUUGCUGGUUCGCGUCAACAGAAUCUGGCGGCUCCCAACCUACCGAAUCCACCAAGGCAAGCGAGGUGCCUUCACUACCUGACUUGGAGUCAGAGAUGAUUUUUCCGCCCAUUCUAGACUCUGAUAUGCACGAAUUGGUGGCCAUUCUUAAAGCUAGUGGACAAGGAUCUCGAAUUCCAGCUGAGCUAAUAGAUGGAAACCUCUUCAAUAUCCCUGACGAUCUGCUCACUAGGAUCUGGUCACAUUGGAGGUCGAGGCAGCCUUCUUUGCAGUCAUGCAAGUGGUUGCCAAGUUCACUACUUGCUCAGUUACCUCCUCAAUUUCAUAACGGGGUGAGACCUCUGCAAAAUCAUGCUGGACGACCGCAUGGUCUGCCACAUGUUCAUCAGGGCUUGCCUCCCCAUAAUAUUGCUCUUUGGAACACCAGUGGAGAUGGCUUUCAUUGUGGAUCAUGCGACUCUGAUGGAGUACUCUGCAUGGAUCCUGCAGUUAAUCCGGCACAUCAUAGGUACCUGGAAGUUCAGUACCGGGCUUACAGUGGUGCAAGACAGCCGGGUGUACUGUGGAGCGCUAUCUCCUUUGCUGGUGUCAGUCUUAUGACAACAGCUCUGGCUUGUCGGGUCAUUUCUCUGUGCCGGAUAUCUAUUUCAAUCAACGGCAGGUGACUUACCUUCGGCUGAACGCGCCUAAGCCCUAGCCAGGUCACAUUUGGGUCUGUGUCGAUUUGAACAGUAGGGUGAGCAGCCAGCCUUUGUACCAUCAUGUCAUCCCAUUUAUUGUCCAAGUUACUGGUGAGUAGGUUUGAUCCAUUUAUUUGAGUCGAGUGUACAUAAAUUUUCUCCUCAGAUUGGUUGUUUCAGUGGUUUGUGCCUCCUAUUCUUGUAUAGUAAACAGGGUAGAUUCAGAAAUCGACUCCGAAGAUGCCGGUGUCGUCCAGUAGUUUUGUCCUCACUCCAUAUAUGUGCCAGUAAUCACUCCUUAUUGAUUUAACCUAGUUUAUUGAAAUUGUAGACAAUAUCUCUGUGAUAGUUUAAGUUCUCAAAAGGAAGAGAACAUGAAAGAUAAAUAUCACGGGCAGGCAUAGAUUUUUACCAUGACUUAUAAUGUCGGGUCUUAGCACUUUUGGGACAGGGCUGAAGUCUCCUAGUCUUGUUCACUGUUGUAAGGUGUUAAGUUUCUGUAUAAUAUUUGCAUAAAAUUGGCAUC